UGUUGAUAUCCUUAUCACGAAGUGUGGAUGUUGUUGUUGUCGGUUGUUGAUUGCCAAGAAGGGAUCAACAUCCCGAGGUUGCUGAUGCUGGCUGUGCAGUGCUGCGUUGGACAUGAUAGCAGUGGCAGCUCUCAUCUCCCUCACCUCAUACCGCAUCACCGUCUCCCUUACCAUUCCAUAUGCAUUGUUUUCGUUACUUUGCUCUCUUUUCUUUUCCUAGAGUGCUAGAGACAGAGACAUAGACUCGUAGAUACCGAUACGUACUCCUGCAAUACCUACACCAACCAAGGCGAUAGCGAUCCCGAGUACCACCCCAACACCACCACCCCCCCUCUCCCACGAUGGUCAAGAACAAUGGCAACUCUCUGCGUAACAGCAUGAGCACCUACUCGCUCUGUAGUCCUCCUAUCGACCACGCAGCCCAAGCGCGCAUCGCCGAACUCGAAGCACAAGUCUCCAAGCUGACCGCAGAAGCCAAACCCAACACCCACGAGUCCGAACUUCGAAUCCCCGCCCCCAUCGUCCUGCCUGAUGGUCGCAUCGCUCGCUGGAAGGAUCCCCAAAAUAAGGAGCAUGGAUAUGAUGUUUGUGAAGCAGGUGUUUUGCCAGAGGAGCGACCGGUGAUGUAUAAGCGCGCCAACGGGACCUUCGGGGUCUACAGGAACGAAUUUGGGAUGCCUGUCUUUACCAACUCAGACCCCUCAACGUCUUUACCUCCGGGAAAGCUUCAGACGGUGGACGCGGAGAUGGGGAGAAAGAUUGCCACGACGGUUGUCAAGCAGAGGGAGCUUAUGGCUCAGCAGGCUAGGUCCGCAGCGGGAAAUGCCUCUACAUAUCGAUUGCCGCCUCAUUUGGCUCACAAGAGCCCGUUGAAAUCUCCGGAGGAAUAUACACAACCAUUCUGUGACUUUUUGACGGAAAAUCCUACUGUCUGGCAUGCUGUGGAUUAUUUUGAGAAGAAGCUCACGGUUGCUGGAUUCGAGAAGGUACGACAUAUGAUGACGAGAGAUAUACAAGAAUACUAAUAUUGCUUCUAGCUGUCCGAAAGAAAAACAUGGAACUCGGAGUUGAAAACUGGAGGAAAAUACUAUGUUUCCAGAAAUGGAACUAGUUUGAUUGCUUUCACGGUUGGAAAAGAUUACAAGUCUGGCAGUAAGUCUAGGAUAUUGCCAAAUGUAUGAAUAUCAGCUUAUAUUCUACAGAUGGAGUUGCUAUGAUAGCGGGCCACGUUGAUGCGUUGACCGCACGUCUAAAGCCCGUCAGCACAAAAAAGACGACAGCUGGAUACGUCCAGUUGGGAGUCGCUCCUUAUGCUGGUGCUCUGAACAGUACUUGGUGGGAUCGUGAUCUUUCCAUUGGAGGUCGUGUGUUGGUGAAAGGUUCCGAUGGAAAGAUUACAACCAAACUUGUCAAGUUGGGAUGGCCAAUUGCCCGUAUACCAACAAUUGCGCCCCACUUCGGUAAGCAAAUUCGUACAGCCCAGGAGUAACAACUUCUAACAUUUUUCAGGACAAGGAAUGACAGGAACUGGAAACAAGGAAACUCAGAUGGUUCCUAUCAUUGGACUUGACAAUUCAGAGGCUGAAAUGAAAGACGAAUUUGCCAACUUGACUCUUGGUGGCCCAGGAACAUUUUCUUCUACACAACCCCCAAAGCUUGUUCGAGCCAUUGCUGGAGAGCUUGGUAUUCAAGACUACUCAUCAAUUGUGAACUGGGAACUGGAAUUAUUCGAUAUUCAACCUGCCCAAGUCGGUGGUCUGGAUAAAGAGUUCAUUUUCGCUGGACGAAUCGAUGACAAGCUUUGCUCAUGGGCUGCCAUGGAAGGCUUGCUGGCUUCCUCAUACUCUCAUCAUCCCACUGAUGAUAGAAUCGUAAAGUUGGUCGGUGUCUUUGAUGAUGAAGAGAUUGGAAGUCUGUUGCGACAAGGUGCUAAGGGUAACUUCCUACCAAGCACUGUGGAAAGAAUCGCCGAAUCCUUUUCUGGCAAUGGAUAUAGCGCCAAUGUGUUGAACCAGGUAUAUGCCAAUUCAUUUUUAGUCAGCGCUGAUGUAACUCAUGCUGUUCAUCCAAGUAAGUUAAUACAUUCUACUCCCAAAAAGAGAGGAAGAAAAAAGAAGACUAAGAAAUGAUGCUAAUCGACGCCAGAUUUCCUGGGAUCAUACCUUGAAGGACACUCUCCACGAUUAAACGUCGGUCUAGUUGUCGCAGCCGAUUCCAACGGACAUAUGACAACCGAUUCCGUCUCAACCGCACUCCUCACCCGAGUUGCCGAGAAAACGUGAGCAUCUCUCCCUUCCCUUCAUCAUUCUUAACACACCACUUACCAUGCCAUAGCUCAAACACUCUCCAACUAUUCAUGAUCCGAAACGACAGUCGAAGUGGCGGAACCGUCGGCCCUAUGCUCAGUUCCGCCAUGGGCGUCCGCUCCAUCGACGCCGGUCUGCCGCAGUUGAGUAUGCAUUCUAUUCGUGCAACCACCGGAAGCUUGGAUCCUGGUUUGGGUGUUGGGAUUUUCAAGGGCUUCUUGGAUAACUUUGAGAGUGUGGAUAGAGAGUUUGAAUGAGGGAAUGAGGGAAUGAGGGAAUGAGUUGAAUGAGGGUGCGUGGUGUAUGGAUAGUCUUUGUUUUUCUUGCUUUGCUGGAUUAGAUGAUUAGUGACACGAUGGUGUGUUGAGUGGUUACAUGGUAGAGCAUGCAUGGGGAUUAUAAAGUAAAGUAGAAGAUCUGGUCCCCUUCUUGUUGUUCGACUUGUAAGGGUAUAUUACCUUUUUAUUCCCUUAGAUAACAAAGGUACAAGAGUAAGUAGAGUAGAGUAAGGGGUUUAUAUUAAUAGUAUAAGAGAAUAUCUCUUUUUACUUUACUUUACUAUUCUAUCAUACUA